UAAAAGCAGGAGGUUUUCCACACCGCUGCAGCACUUUCAUGGUGCAGGUGUUUCUUCUGUCAAGAUGCAACUCCAGGCUAACAAACAGCAGGCGCAGUGCAGGCAUUCAGUCAGUGACACGCUGGGAGCAGGCGCAUAGCGCAGGGCAGCGCCACGGGCAGCCGAGCCGGGACCAUCCGGGACGCGCGCGGUGAUGACGCAAUGACGGCGCGACGACGGAGGGAAAGGCCCCCGCGCGGAGUGCCCGCCCCCCCCGGCGGACCGACCAAUGGGAGCGCGGAGGAAAAGGGGCGGCCGCGGAGCUGGAGCCGCCAUGAUGGCACCAGCGGGAUGGUGGAGCUGUGGGGUUCUGUGCGAGGAAAGCGGUGCUUCGUCGCCCUACGUCCCCGCCGCCGCCUGCCCUGUGCCUCGGGUGUCGCCGGGCGGUCAGGGGAAGUCGGCGCAGGGGCACCUGCUGGCCCUAUUCGUCCCUCGUCAGAAUCCAGCCAUCCUCCGGAGGGGGUACCGAGCUGUCCUCCGUCGUUGCAGCGGGGCACUGCUGGGCUGUGAGAAGCGGCGGCUGACCACGAGCAGCGGAACCCUCCCAGUCUCCGGCAGCAGCUCCUGGCUGAGCCGGGCAGCCCUGAAAGAGAGGGACUGAUCCCACGGGUCGAGACGUGUUCAAGCCUGGCAGAGGUUCAGGCGAGCGCCUUCGGUUCUUGCUUGGCUCAAAUCAGCAGCAGCGAGUGCUGAGUUCCUGCCCCGCAGGUGGAGUCCUCAACUGCUGUUUUCCGUAUCCCUUUCUGUCCCCGUGCUGAGCUCCCGGAGCUUCAUGAAGCCUACACGGAGCCACUUCAUGUUGGCCCCAAAGAGGGAAGCUGUUGGAAAUAUCCAAAUAAUUUAUCAGGACGGUACCUCUGAUAAAGCAGAUUUUAUUCGCAAUUGCAAUGGCAGGCCUCCUGCAAGCAGGAGAGCACACAGAAAACAGCAUUACAUCUUUUACGCUCUAUUACUCGAUGCUUAUCUCUUUCUUCCCUGGUUCCUCAUUGGCUGAGUACUCCAGGUUCACAAUCUUCCCGAUGCUCAUGAGGAUACUGGCUGAACAUAAAUUGUUGCUAGCUAAGCAUAUAUUGCUAUUUAAUUAACUUCUCACACUUGGUCAGUCAAUACUAGAUCAUUAUUCUUGGA